AUGUCACAGGACGAAGAUCAAUCCAAGAAGCUGCAGGAGCUUUUAAAGCUGCUUGCUCUGCAGAAAAACAAAGCAGGACUCUCGAAACAGCAAGAAAAAGAAUUCGAGGAAUACAAAUUCUGGAAGACUCAGCCAGUUUCUAGAUUCGACGAAAAAAUCGCGUCCGAGGGUCCAAUUGACAGUUCCAAGAAACCCGAAGACAUUCCUGACGCGCCUCUGCCGCUGUUGAAUGAUUUCGAGUGGUGCACCGUCGACAUUACCGACCCCGCACAGUUGGAAGACGUGUUUGUUCUGCUUAACGAGAACUAUGUAGAGGACCAAGACGCGACUUUCCGGUUCAAUUAUUCGCGUGAAUUCUUCAAUUGGUCUCUCAAACCACCCGGAUGGAAAAAAGAAUGGCACGUCGGUGUGCGUAUCAGACAAACUAAGCGACUUGUCGCGUUCAUUAGCGCUGCCCCCGCGACGCUUCGCGUGCGCAAGCGCGAAUUCAAGAGUGUAGAGAUCAAUUUCCUUUGCAUUCAUAAGAAAUUGCGUUCUAAGAGAUUGGCGCCCGUAUUGAUUAAAGAAAUCACCAGAAGAGUCAAUAAACACGAUAUUUGGCAAGCACUACACACCGGCGGAGUUCUUCUGCCAUCUCCAGUCUCUACGUGCCGCUACGCGCACCGUCCUUUGAAUUGGGCAAAGCUACACGAUGUCGGUUUCACAGGUCUCCCCGCCAAUGCCACCAAGACCCAAAUGAUAGCCAAGUACACUUUACCAAAGCAUACCACUACUCCUGGCCUGCGUCCCAUGCAGGAAGAAGAUCUGGACGCCGUUCUUGCGCUGUUCAACAAGUACCAGGAAAGAUUUGACCUCGUCCAAAUUUUCACCAAGGAGGAAUUUCGUCAUUCUUUCUUGAACACCGACAACGUCGUUUACGCCUAUGUUGCCGAGACCAACGGUGAAAUAUCCGAUUUCGUGUCCUUCUACUCCUUGCCUUUCACGGUUCUCGACAAUCCACUUUACAACGAACUUGGCAUAGGGUAUCUGUUCUACUACGCUUCCAAUGCGGAUUUCCAGGAAGGCGACAGAUUUAGCCGAGAGGCAACCUCGAAAUUGAAGAAAAGGAUCACUACCCUGAUGGCCGAUGUGUGCAUUUUAGCGCGCGAUUUGAAAAUGGACGUUUUCAACGCUCUGAGCAGUCAAGACAACACGCUGUUUUUGGAAGACUUGAAAUUUGGGCCCGGUGACGGUUUUUUGAAUUUCUACCUGUUCAACUACCGGACGAUUCCAAUUGCAGGCGGACUCAACGAAGACAAGGAUUUCGAUCCAGAGGGUCGUAGUAACGUCGGCGUAGUUAUGCUCUAG